AUGCUUCCGCCGAAAGCGCCAGCGGAGAAGCGAAGGAGGACAUGCUCGGCCAGCCAGAUGAGCACUUCAACCACGCACGUUGUCUUCCUUGUCGACAACUCGGGCAGCAUGGAAGUCGAGAACCGAAUCCAGAUGGUUUUUGAGGCGGUUCGAAAGCUUCUGCAGUGCUUGCUGGGCAUGGCUGGAAUUGUGGCUUCCCUCGUGACCUUUGACGACACCUUCAAGGUGCGCUUUGAGAGGCGGACAGUGGACCGAAAUCUGCAGGCCAUGGUGCAGGACAUAUGUAAGGCAACUCGCCCCACGGGCACUGGGCGAUAUUUGCAGGCGCUGGCGGCAUUCCGGAGCCUGUUGUCGGGUGGUCUGACAAUUGGAAUCCUUCUUAGUGACGGAGAACCGACAGAAGUGAUAUGGGAGCACCGUCCCUCAUCGUGUAUUGAAGAAGUCAUGCGUUCAAUGCGGCAUGAAUUUGGGAACAUGUGCAUCUUGCACACAGUUGGCUUCGGGAAUUUUGGGAUGCAGACGCUGCAAAGUCUGGCGCGUCUCGGAGGGGGGACAUUCCAUAGCAGUGAAGUCGUGCAUGAGAAGUUGCAAUCAAUCUUUGGCCAGCUUGCCACUUCAGUGUCCACCUUACACAGCUCGCUGAUCACGUUUGGCGACGAAGCAAUGACUCCCAUACCCGCGAAGGACACCGGGGAGCUCAAACAGGACCUGGAGCCGCCCGAUGCUUGGCGCGGGACUCCACCCGAGCUCCGGCGCCGCGCACGGCCUUGCUGGGCUUGGCUCAUGGUCGAAGAGGGUGGUGAGCUGCUUGCGCGCGGAGAAGCCCGCCUUGUGUAUUUGCAUCACAAGCCAUUUGCUCAAGGAGCUUUGCGAUACGCAUAUCACGCCCGGAGCGCGCAUGGCUAUUCUGAAGACCUGGUGCACGGAUCCAGAUUUCACUUGGUCGUGAAGGAAAGCAAGUUUUCCAUCAAACACAGGUCCCCAAAAGACUUGCACAAGUUCUUCUUGCAGAACCAUCAUCGGGCGCAGGAGUUUGCCAAGGAAUUCAAUGCUGCCAUCGACACGGCCGGGGGCGAGGAGGCUUCCAAAGUGAAGUUUGUGCCAGCCUAUGUCCUCAAAAUUACCGACGAGGCACAGACUUCUGGAUUUCGAUAUGUCACUGCGGAACGCUACAUCUCGGGCACCUAUGUCAAACUCAACGGCAAUGACGGGUUUGUCGAGAGCUUUCAGGACGGUGAGGCUGCAAAGGUUGCUGCUGCAUUCAGCCAUUUCACCUUUCAACAGUCCGGAGGGCAGGAGCUGUGCGUUGAUAUUCAGGGAGUUGGAACGACUUGGACAGAUCCGCAGAUCCACAGCUUGCAGAAGCAGUUUGGGAUUGCGGACCUGGGCAAGGGUGGCAUGGACAUGUUCUUCACCUCUCACGAAUGCGGCUCUCUUUGCCGGAAGCUGCUCCUUUCAAGCUCUGUUUUGCAUCGACCUCGGCAGCCUUGCGUGGUUUGCCUGGAUGGGCCUCGUCGAAUUCUGUGUCAGCCUUGUCGGCAUUUGUGUCUCUGUGAGGCUUGCGCCGUGGACUUGCGAGGAGGCGACUCAAAGUGUCCCAUCUGCCGGGACCCUGCUACCGCCUUCGUCCUGGUCGCUGACGAGCAAUCUGUCAGAUCGUCCACGUACAUUCGUGAAUCCGAGCUGGACAGGAUGCAGCAUUCUGGCGGUGCCGAGAAAAAUGAAUGUUUCCAUAGCCAUGUGUCGGGGACAUUUUUGUGA